AUGGAUGAUGCGACAGAGAUUGGGUUAGACAACACUCCAACAGAGGACCAACCGGGUGCAACGGAUUUGCAGCAGAGGGAGAGACGCAACUGCGCUCGAACGUGGAUGCUUACCUUCAUGAUGGACCGGGCUAUGGCUUCGACAGUCGGAAGAGCUGGAUUCACAGAACUACGUUGGAUAUCUUCUGAAGCUACGGAUGAGCUAUCACGAGGGAGACACCAGAAGGAGACCAAGGAUGGAGAUAUAACCAGGAAACUUCUUAACGACAACCUGACACGCCUCAGUUACGACCUUGAUGAAUGGAGAUCGUUUUGGCAAAUUGAGACUUCGCGUCAUUCCUCACCACCAAUAUACAUGGCGUUCCUCACGUUCUUCGAACUACAUAUACGUCUGACGUUGAAUAGUUUCGCGGUAGACCUUCAACACUCAUUCAAUGGAUUUAGCCCGGGAUUGUUCGAUCCGAAGGUCCAGCAAGCAGAGAGAUACUGUUUAGAUCUGGCAAGACAAAGUUUAUCCCAAUUGAAAACAAUAUACGAUAUCGAUGCGAGCAUACUACACCAUGCUCAAGACAGCGUCUCGAUCAUGGUAGCAUACGCGGCAUGUUUUCUGCGAGCGCUCCUCAACAGCUCUACAUUCACCGAAAACGAACGUUCCGAGGCGUUCUCACUGAUUGCACAGACGUCUGACCUAUUCAAACGAUUCAGUGAGAACACUGAGACGACCGCGGCGCUACAAGCAGAUUUUCUGCAAAGUCUAGCACAUCACGCCGACCAAGUUCUUCCUCCCGAGUUCGAUCUGAAUUUGAACCAGGGCAUCCACAAUCUCACUCAAGAAUCACAGAUGGACAGCGACUGGCUCAGCUCUUUCAUGCAAGUCGCUAAUUUCCUGAGCGAAUCCACCGCAUUACCCAACGAAGUUCAAUCAGUGAAUCCGCCCAACGCUUUGCUGCCUCAGGAGCUAGAUGGCGCUAAUCUCGCCGAACUAUCAGAGAUCAUGGCUCAAUGGCUCCAAUAA